CUUGCCGAUAUCAUCGUCGUUGUAGUGUCAUCGAUCAGCGGUUGUCCUCGAGAUGACAUCGUGGCUACGUCACUCCAGCUGAAGCCUUCCUCCUCCCUCCGUCGAUGAAGCGACUCCAGGAUGAUGCAGGACAUCCCUGGCGGCCCUGCCGACGACCAACGUGCCUCGUCCAAGUCGGUGUUGCUCAACACCUUCAUCGUGAAGAAGAAGCGCUGCCGCGUGUACUUUCAUCGUGGCACACUCAUCUGGGAGACCGAGCGACCGCCUUACACCAGAUGGACCCUGCCCUUGACGGACGUUCUGGCGGUGCGCUACGGCGACGACUGGAUAUCGGGUGUGAGCAUUAAGGAGAAGCAGUCGGAGCAGCCGACCUCGCCGACCACGGUAUGUCCGACGAAUUUCAUCCUGCACUACGCCGUGCGCGGGUCCAAGAACAAAUGGAAACAUCACAGCGUGACGAUGAGCCAUACGGAUCCCAGACAGGUCGCCUCGUGGGUGAAGACCAUUCGCAAUUACCUCCUAGGUUUGACAUAUCGGCCACGAAAGAUAAUGCUGUUCAUCAAUCCUAUAGGCGGUAAAAAAAAAGGUGUCAAGAUCUGGGAGAAGGAUGUUCAACCACUCAUGACUAUCGCUGGCAUCGAGACAAAGAUGAUGGUCACGGAGCGUGCAGGCCAUAUUCGCGACGCUCUGCUCACGGCCGACUUAAGUGACCUACAUGCGGUGGUGUGCAUCGGUGGUGACGGCACUUUCGCUGAGGUGUUCAACGGGUUGAUUAUGAGAGCGGCGAAGGAUCAGCAGAUCGAUCCCAAUAAUCCUGAUGCCAGGUUGCCUACUCCCGCCUUACCUGUUGGCGUUAUACCCAGCGGUAGCACCGACACAGUCGCCUACAGUAUGCAUGGCACCACCGACGUGCAGACUGCCGCUAUACAUAUCAUCUUCGGCGACUCGAUUGGUCUGGACAUCUCGUCGGUUCACAGCAAUCGCACAUUGCUCAGGUUCUAUGCCAGCGUGUUCAGCUAUGGUUAUCUAGGCGACGUGAUCCGCGAUAGCGAAAAGUUCCGCUGGAUGGGACCCUGUAGAUACGACUGGUCCGGAUUUAAAAAGAUAUUAGCAAACAAGGGCUAUGAGGGUGAGAUCGAUCUGUUAUCGGAUCCAUGUCACCCAGCAGGUAGCACCAGGUGCAUGAAGAAUUGCUUACGCUGCCUGCAGCACAUGCACAACAGCAUCCCCGACCAGGAAAUCUCCAGGUGGGUAACGGUCAGAGGGAAGUUCUUCAUGGUGUUCGGCGCGAACGUGUCGUGCGCGUGUUCGAGGUGUCCCAUGGGUUUUAGUCCUCAUUGCCACGUGGGCGAUGGCUGCGUGGAUGUGAUCCUAAUACGACAUACAUCUUUAAUAAAUAAUAUCAGAUUAUUGCUCAGGCUGUCCAGUAAACGAAAAACUGUGUACGAGCUACCGUUCGCCGAGGUCUACCGGGCGAGAGAAUUCACAUUCCGCGCUCUGCCGACCCUGCAAUUCGAGAACGGGUCGAAUGCGACCCGCUCGGGCUCACGACUCAGCGUCUGGAAUUGCGACGGCGAGGUGGUCGACAGCACCAAUGUCAAAAUCAGGGUACACUGCCAAUUACUGAAGGUCUACACGAGACGAGCUCAGGAAUCAUCUCGAGACCCGACGUGCCUCAGCUGUUCUACGUGAACGAGUCAGAACAAAGUCGUCGAACGGCCGGUCUUCAGUUUCAAGGUCACGGAUUCGGCUCCGUGGCUUUUUCGAAGACGCGAGGUUCCAAUGUC